AUGAGUGACGAUUCUGAUUACGAAGAAGAAGAAUAUUUAGUGUUUGCUGAUUUUAAAAAUCAAAUCUUACCAAAAGAAUUAUCAGAUGAAAAUUCAGCCAUAAAAAUAAUUGGAAUUGAAACGAAGAAUCCAGUGGCAGAAAUAAAUGGCAAUAUAUUUAAAGGUACAUACGACUUUGUUAUGGGUACAGAUGUAUUUUUCGAAAAGGAUAAUGAUGCUCCACCUGAAGAUCCACUAUUCGAUGCUACUUGCCGUCAGAAGUACAAGAUUUUUGGAAUGACAAAUAAAGUAAUUAAUUUCGAACGUAUGUAUGUUGAAAGUUUAAAAGAGACCGAUCAACAAAUGGCCGAUGCUGAAACUGAAACAGCAACUGAGACGACAGCAGAAGAACCAAAUAUGAAAUUAAAUAUAAAUUAUGAUGAAGCUAUUAAACAAUUUCCAAAUGUCAAUGAUCCGCAGUGGAAGGAGAAGGAUCUAUUUUGA